AUGUGCUGUGUGGAGUUUCAGCCUCCGAUUCCCAAUGAUGAUUCAAUCGAUGGUGAUGCACCGCCGCAGGCAGACGGCGGCUGGCUGAUCAAGAUCGAGGAAUCCUCCCGCGGCAAGCUGCAGCUUCUGAACCCAAUCUCCAACCUCAAGCUCCACUCCUCUCCGAUUCAAUUGAGCUUGCUCGACUUUCGGGCCGUCCAAUUAUGCACCUCGUUCCGCCUCAGCUACCAGAUUGGGUUUCCAGCCUUCGAGAUCAACAAGGUCCUCCCCUUUCCCCCCGCCGCCUCGGCGGCGUCUCCACCGCCCCAACAGUCGACGGUCACCGUCAUCGCCAUUUUCCACGAAGGCAGAAUAGGCUACUGGAGGAAAGGAGACCAGCACUGGACUUACUUAGACAGCAGAAACUUCGAUUACGACGAUAUAAUCCUCCACCAAGCUCGGUAUCACGUAAUCGACAGAUUGGGGAAGCUGUCGCUCAUCGAUUCGUCUCUUAGAUUCGACAAAUCCUACUCGCCGCCGCAGUUCCUCCACGACGGAUCCGGCGGCGGCGGGCAGAAGAAUCUGGUGGAGUCCGGCGGCGAUCUGUAUCUGGUCGAUAGGUAUUUGGAUGGGAGGAGGAGGAAUUCCAAGGAUGUGGACGAUGCGAUUACCAACAGCUUCAACCCAAUCCGAUACCUUGUGGGAACGGGGAGGAACAGGAACUGGAACCCCAGAGCGGUGGAUUUCAAGGUCUACAAGCUGGAUGAGGAAAUGAGGGAAUGGGUUGAAGUGAAGUCGUUGGGGGAUGAUGAUACAGUGUUUGUGCUGACGACGGAGUGCUGUUUCUCGGCUCCGGCUGCACAGAUCGCCGGCGGGAGAAAAGACUGCAUUUACUACUCGGAUGACGACGACUAUGUGGCCAGAACCAUGUUGACUACUGACGGCAUUCGGAUGUUCCAGUUGGAGGAUGGCAGUAUUCAGGAAGUGAAAUCGUUGCCUCGCGAGUCUGAUAUUUUUCUACCUCCUGGCUUUAGUGUGGAGUUUUAA